CGCAUCUCAUGCCUCGUCUCCCAUCAAACUCCUGGCGGAAAAAAAACACUUUGAAAGUGAAGUCCUUUCAAAAUGUCAAUGUACUCGAAGCUUCUGUCAGAGGUUAUUCAUAUCCUGGACAAUUUUAAUCCUGACAAUUACAGUACUGAUCACUUCUUAAUGGAUACGAUUUUGGAGAAGCAAAAGACUCGAGAUGAAGCUGAAAAGGUAUUCUUAGUGGAAGUUCUGACAGGUUGUAUUAAUUACAGACCACUACUGGAUAUAGUAGUUGGUACAUUUUUCAAGCUAGAUGGAAGGAUAUACAUGUUUUCUGAACGUAACCUUUUUGCAGUGCUCUGCUAUCUUGCCACCUUUCGAAUUGAAGAACUUGGCCUAAAUCACUUCAGCAAGUUUGUUAACUCUCAAGAGCCAAACAAAAUGUACAAAUUCCUCAGGUUCUUCUUUGAUCCCCUGAACCUCAAAACAUGGAUAACGGCUGAGUGGUGUAAAGUAUAUGAACCAGAAUAUGUAAAAAUACAGUUGAUUGAACCACUGAUAAGGUGGCAGCCAGUGAUCCAGAGUCUCAUUGAUUCUUUAGCCAACAUAGUUAACAAUGUGGCUAUUCAAAUAAAGGAGCCCAAACGGACAAUACCAGUGGAGUUCAACCUGACAAAACCGAAGCCCCGAGCAAUUCCAAUGCCUGAGAAGAUUCCAAUGCUGGAGCUUCAAACAAAGGUACCUCGAAGCACAUAUGAACCUCCCAAAGAGAUGCAGCUGUUACAGGAAAUUAGAAAGAAAAAUCGGCAGAAGGCAGAGCUACAACUCAUAGAGGCAAAUGUUAAUCAGUUCAAGUGUGCUGAAUACCGUAAUUCCGACCGCAAACAGAAUGCUUUGGCAGAAGUUAUAAAGGAUGAAGAGGCUAUGGUGAGAGCCAGAGAGUUUAAAGCACGUACAUUGCCAUCAGCGAAGAUGGAUAAUAUUCCAAUAAGACUCAACACCACUGCUAUCCUGAGAGAGAGCGCCCUCUACCAGCGCAGAGUGAAAGAAGAACUCGAUAGAAUUAAUGAUCUGAUAGAAGGGGCUCGUGAUCCCUCGGAGUUCCUGGAAUGGCAAAGGCAGAAGAAAGAGCAGGAGAGCGAAGAAAAAAUGGUGCAGCUGGAACGACGCCGUCUUGAAGGGAAGCUUAACUUCGAGGAAGCAAUCCUGUCGCGGCACUCCAUGAUGCAGGAGAAGCAGAAGAAAGCUGCCCUGCAGAAAGAGGAGAUGGCAGAACUCCUGCAGAAAAAAGCAGAGAAACAGGUUCAAAAGGAGAGGGAGCUAAAAAUGCUGGUGGAUCGAGUGAUGAAAGGAGACAAGACAAAGCAAGCCCAACUCAAGCUUAAGGAAUACAAGAAGAAGCUUGGUCAGGAAAUCAAUAAGGAGUCACGAGAACGUCAACAACAGGCUUUAGAUAAAGCUGAGGCAGAAUUUAAGAGGAAAUAUGAUCUGAUUUGUGAGAUUCGGGCAUUUGAAAAUUCACCGGCACCAAAGCACAGUUACUUGGAUUUAACCCAUACACCUGGUUUUAUGUUGCACGAGAUGUCAUUUACAGAGUUAAGAGAACGUUUAGGCCUGUUGAAGGAAGCAAGAGCUAAGGCAGAAGAGGAAAAGCGAGGCAAGAUUAUGAUUGAGAAAAUGGCUAAGGAACAGCUUAUUUUGGAUAAACUGGAAAAAAUCUCCCUGCACAGAGGAGUCUGGAGCAAGAAAGUAAUUGACAGACAGGAGGAAAUCAAGAUGUUGUCCCAUUCCAGUCUGGUAGCGAGCGACCAAAGCUUGGCUGAGCUGGAAAAAAAACUGAAGGAGAGAAAAAAGGAGCGUCAGAAACUGACAGUGCCCCAAAAGAUUGUCACGCACAAUGAAUGGUCAAGACUUAUGAGGAGAAAAAUUUCAAAGCAGAAUUCAAUUGAAGAGCACCACUGGCAGAGCAAUGAAGAAAGUCGUGAACGUCAGGCCCAGCUGCUUAAAAUGCGUAAAAUGGCUAUUGCAGCGGACUUGGCAGAAUAGAAAAUCAAGCUGCUUAUCCAUCAUAGAACUCAACAAUAUUAUUGCCACCCAGAUCUCUCUCAACUGAAACAAAAUACUGUUUUCAGUUUAAUUUAUUCAUUAUGUAACUUGAAUUGCUGGUCGUAACUAUCUUAAAACUGAUUUU